UUCAGUGCGCCGCGCAUCCUCGGACGUGCAUCGUGUCGGUCUAGUUGCGCUCGCGUACGAGCGAUCGGGACAUGUGAUUCAUCGCGCGAUUGCGAAGAGAGACGAAAGGAAAAAAAGGAUGAAGAGAAGAGAUCCUAAGAUCGUCGACGGCCUAAAGUGCUGCCGCCCAUCAUCAUCAUCACCAUCAUCAUCAUGAAGGAGGUAUGAAGUCGGCCCACUGCAGUAGCGAACCCAGACUAACCGAGAAUGACGUCAGUCCGGGGAUUAGAAGACGAGGGAGUCGGAGGGGACAGAGUAUGCAUCAUACGCAUCAGAGGAAGAGCAACGCCUUCCUGGACGUGCCCGACGUCUCAUCUCAGAUGCCACCGCGAGAAGAAGGUGAAGAUGAGGAUAGUUACAGACUCCGCAGCUUUAGUCUCACCAGCAAAGGUGUCGUCAACAGAGGGGAUUCCUUUCGGAGAAGAAGAUCGAGAUCGAAUUCUCUGGUGCCUGCCGAGCAAGAGACCGAAGUACGGAAAUUACCACCUAAGGAAGUCGCAUCUCACAACGUCGCUAUGCUGGGUACGAGAGGAGUUGGAAAAACCGCUCUCAUCAGUCAGUUUAUGACUAGUGAAUGCAUAAAUGCUUAUGACAGGCCGAGAGAUGUGCCGAGUGAACAAUCCGUUUUUGUGAUGUUAAAUGGAGAAGAAAGCGAACUUAAAUUUUUAAACAUUGCUAAUCCUAAGACCGAAUUAGAAAAAAUGCCGUUGCCGGACGCCUUUGUUGUAAUGUAUUCGGUGAUCGACAAGGCGUCCUUUCAAAGAGCCGAGGAAUAUCUCGCUCGACUUCACGAUCAAGAUCUUCUUCGUGGUAGACCGGCUAUUCUGGUCGGGAACAAGGUCGAUUUGGUUCGUUCUAGAGUGGUUUCGCCCCAGGACGGGAAAUGUUUGGCUUGCACCUACCGUGCAAAAUUCGUCGAAAUAUCAGUGGGCAUCAAUCACAACGUCGACGAGCUCUUGGUCGGUAUACUCAAUCAGAUCCGUUUGAAAGUGGUCCAGGGCAACCAGGAACAUCGGAGCAGCAGUGGCGGCAGCGAAGGCAGCGGUCACUGGUACAAAUCCAGAGGUGUCGUGCGCGCCAGCAUGAAAGCCAGACAAAUGUUGACCUGGCUGUUCGGCAAGGAGGAUAGCAAAUUCAAGAAUUGCGAGAACCUUCACGUACUUUAAAUCACAGCGAGAAUUUGCCCGACUUCUGUUUUAUUAGUACGUAAGUACGACGCACAUGACUUCUCGAUAUUUUUUUUCGAAGAAAAUUCUAUUAGAAUUCACAAAGUUCUCGAGAACUGAAGGAAUUCCUACGUGUCGGGGAAGACAAAGUAAGAGUUGUGAAAAUGUAGUAGUCUGAAUGGAUAGAAUGAAUGUGUCUCUCUGACUCAAGAAAAUCUAGUUUAAGAUUCUGAGUCAAAUGUGGAAUCUUUACGAUAGUGCACGAGAGUAUUUCAUUAUUCUGUAUAGGAUGAAUAAACGGUCCGAGGACCAAAAGGGAUAUAAUUAUUGGAUAAACGAAGUGCCAAUUAGUGAAAAUUCACGGCGUUUAAGGGAUGAUAUGUGAAAAUGUCGCUCGAAUCUGUGCUCAUUUAACUGAAAUUGCCUGAGAAAUGUAAGUGAUUAAUCCUUUUAGUCCCAAAUGUGGCAGAUAAUAAUUGCUUUUCAGCAACUUUAAUAUCGACAUAAAUUUUGUCUUUACGUUUGCGCGCGUAACUCUUCCUUCCUGCGAUAGAUUAAAUACAUUAAAUUAUUCAUUAAAAAUAUUUCUUUAUUCACGCGAUGCUAUUAGAAGUUCAAAUAAAUUAGGAUGUUCAAACAAUUCGUACAUAACUUUUUCUCAAAAAUAAUUUGGGACAGAAAAGGAAUUAACGUUCUGACAAAGUUCUGAAGACAAAGUAAGAUUGUGAGAAUGUAGUCUGAAUGUAUAAAACAAAUGUGUCUUUCUGACUCAACAAAAUGUUUAAGGUUCUGAGUCAAAUAUGGAGUCUUCACAAUAUAAUAGUUAAAAGAGUAAUUCAUUAUUCUGUGCAGGGAGAACAAACGGUCCGAGGACCAAAAUGGAUAUAAUAUAUUGGGUAAACAAAGUUUAUAAAAUAUGAAGAAGUUUUAUCAUACAUUUUUCGUUAGUAUUCUGACGAAAAAUAAAAUCUAUAAUAUAAGGAGCGAAAGGGACGCAUUUAUAUGUCGCACCGCUGAAACUAGUAGCCCUUAAUAAUGCAAUCAAAAGUUCAAAUCAAUCAUGACGAUAAGAGAGAAUCAAAUUGGACCAUGGCGUGAACUAAAAUCGCUCUAUUAAAUUUACAAUCUUACUGUAUAAUAAGACCAAUUACACACACUUAAUCUUUCUAUUUAGUACGUACGUGUAUAUGUAUAUAUAUACGUAAAUUUUACGUGUACGCGUAUAUCCGCAAAACAAAGCAUAUUCUAUAUAAAUAUACACACAUGUAUCCUUAAUCUCCUCCUUGACAACUUAGAUUACACAAAAAUGUCAAAAGAUUAAAGAUGUCUAAAGGACGAUGAGAGGUCUUUGAGUCGUUUUCUAGACGUCUUUUCGAGGCACGUGUUGUCUGAGAAGUGUCAAUUCUACUAUGACGACAUUAUGUUGUUGCAAAUAAAAUAGCGCUGCUAUUCUUGCAUCGUUAUAAAUUGGCUUACAACGCGAGUGUCAUUAAUUUCUCGUGUUCCAAUGGACUUCUUCCUAUGCAAUGACUUUCGUUAUUGCGUUGCGGCCAACUUUGUGCUCUAUAUAUGCUAAUAAAGUUUUGUACAGAAAAAUUACUUUGCCACACGUAUUUAACAUUUACAUACAUUUAUUACUUUUAAGAAAGACAUAGUGUAUAAAAACUAGCUACUAUAUGUUAAACUAAAAAUAUUUGUUAUGUUAUAUAGAGCGAAUCUAUACAUUGUGUAAGGUUCUUAUCACUUGUAUUACAAAGUAGACGUUUGAUUGCGUAUUUUGAUAUCAAAGAUGUGUUAAGCAUUACACGAUACAACUGCAUAUCAGAUAACUUUUAAUUAGCAGUUUGUGUGCGAGGUCUGAUUCUAUCAAUUCCUUAGUCGAAUAUUUUAUUAAUUACAUUAUUUAUAUCGAUUAUUUUGUACUUAUUGAUAUAGCAAAUAAUAUGUAAUUUGAUAAUGUGGCGUUUUUGUAUGCAACAUUAUGUCGCAGCGAAGAUGAAAUGUAUCGUGUUUCGUGUUUUAUUCGCGCGCGUCGCGAGAAAGAAUGCAAAUAUUAUGUAGUAACGUAUGCAAACUGUAAACUUCUGAGAAGAGAAAUAUCCUUUUCGAAUCUUUAAAGAGAAAGGAAGAAAAGUGUCUAUAAAAAUCUGUCUAUUUUCUGCGAUCUCUAUGCCUGUAUGUCCGAAUUAUAUCAAUGUAGCAUGUCAAAUCAGAAUGGCGCUUACAUGACGAGAACAAUGCGUCGCUUUGACGUGAAACUUUGCCCUUCUUGUGUGUGAAUAUUUCAUCGUCCGCCGAAUAUACUAUGUAUACGAGAAAUUAACGUUUUCGGAUUUACAGUAGGAAAUUAUAACGGACUUCCUUUUUCUCGUUAUACCAGUAAAUUUUGAAGUGUUUUUUGUCUCUUGAUGAACCAAAUAAAAAUUAAGAAGUUUCCUUCGCCAUUCUUCGUUCUCGUCGCCGUCAUCGUUAUUCAAUUAAUCAAUCGUUAAGCGCGAGUUGUGACGAAUACGCUGUGUGAAUAAUGAAUUUAAGUAUUUAUCUCCAGAUGUGUCUGUUAAACGAGAAACCGAAGAUUCUUACCAAGUGCCUUUGCGUAUUUUUGUAAUUUAAGCUAACUCAGUGUAAGCCCCAUGAGUAUCGUAUACUGUAUAAUCUAUUAUUAUACAUAUUAUAUUACGGAUAUAUUUAUUUGUUGUUAAUUUAUCAUGUUACCUGCGAGAUCGCGCCGCAUUAAAUACUCGGUGAGCGUAACUUUUCAUUCAAUGUACAAUGAACUUUAUUUUAGAUUUCCAUUUUAAAGCUCAUUAAAAUAUAUUUAAGAAGUGAUAUUUAAGAAGUGACAAGCAAUUUCUUCCGAAUAAGAUUUUGCAAUUAAAGUUAACCCGAAUAAUUGCAAUUCGUUAACACCGAAUAAAUUUCUUCGUUCGUUUGUGCCAUUACUGUCGUUCGCGUCUCCUGAAAGCUGUGGAUGUAAUUUAGUAUUAAAGUUGUCAUUGUGUCUGUUUGCUGUAAUACGUGACGUGACAAUACUGCCAGUCCUUUGGUUAAUAAAAUGCUGAGAAAAAUUCUGCUGCAACAAUUCGAUAUCACGAUAUAAGCAAGAAUUUUGGAAACUUUGAUUGCUUGAUUCUAAUGUGUAAACAUUUUCACAUGCUAUUUAUAUUAUUAUGUAAUCAACAAUGCAUGCAUUUAUUAAUAUGUAAAUUUAUAGAUCCCACAUAUGUUUGUUAAUUUUAUCUGUUGAUUAAACAGCGAGUUCUUUGUUUAAAA